GACAGAGUGAGACAGGAAGAACAGAUUUACUGACUCAUGACUCGGGCAGGAGAGCAGACAGAUUCGGACAACACUGACACAAACACAGACCGAGAAAAAGACGAGUGAGGACUGUCAAAGUGUGGCUGUCUGACACACUUACACACACAUACACAACAGAUGGAGUUUCAGCCAUUCAGAUCUCAGAGCCACUGAUGCCCUCAGGGUUAGAGGGCAGUGCCAUGGCAAUUGCAGCCCUGUUCCGGGGCAAGUGGGGUCAGAAGGGUCAUGUCCUCAGUCCCAAAACCCCCCCUGCAGCCCCCCAUCCCCAACACUGUGAUGAUGAAGAUGAAGAUGAUGAAGAGCAGUUGAACACACGAGUGCCAAUUAGACGGAAUUCUCGUUUUUACCGUUCCAUGAGGAAGAAAAGACACGCCCAAGGCCAUGCCCAUGAACAAGAUAGCCCCACCCACUCACUCAGAGCACCACGUGACUCCAGCAGGAGCAGAGCUGCAAUCAGAUCUCCACCACUACACACACAACGCCCUCCAUCGCCUCCACAUUAUGGAGCAGCGUUGCCAGGCAACGGGAGCACCAGAGAAGGAGGAGCUUCCCUCUGGUCACCGUUAGAGACAGGAGAUUGGCGGCUCAGAGGAGAGAUGGAGGAGCUGAGCACACACACGAGCCGAGCCUGCAGCAUGCAGGAUGAUGAUACAUACACACACACUCGCACACACCACAUGGUCAGCGCACACAACACAAACAGGAUGGUGACAAGCGGAGACACGGCACAGGAGAACUUUAGCCACAGUUUAAACAUAGUGAAGAAUAUUGCGUUCCUGUAUCAGGAGUAUCGAGACUCUUCAGAACAGCAGGAAAUUGAACAGAGGAGGCAGAGAGAUGCACUUCCUGAGAAAGGCCUGGAGGAAGGGUCAGAGGUCACCACAGGGUCAGGGGUUACAGUGUUGUCAGGGGUCACAGCUCCUGCACUACAGCUGCAGUUACGCAACUCCUCUCGCUCUCUGACUUUAUGGCAGAAUCUCGAGGCGGUGCAGGAAAGUGGCCUUUUACUCACACUCCCUCAACGAGAGGUCAUACUACAGGAGGUAAACAUUAUUCUGUUAUUAUUCCAGUUUAAUCUGUGUUUAAUGCAGCAAUAUGUUCAGGUUCCUGAUGUUUAUUACAUCUGUUUUUUUUUCAGGUUCCUGAUGGAUCUGGAGCACCGGAUUGAGGAGUCGCUGCUGAUCUCUGAUGUUUGUGACAUCGUUCAUGAUCAUGCCAUUAACCAUUUCGAUGUCUUCAUCAGUUAUGUCAUCAACCAGGUUUAUCAGGAGAAGAACUACAGACGCAUCCUACAGGAGAACCCUACGUUUAAAGAGAACAUGGCCGUUCUGGAGAAUCAACCGAAAGUCAGAGGUCUCUCGUUCACCUCGUUCCUGAUUCUCCCUUUCCAGCGAAUCACACGACUCAAACUACUGGUGCAGAACAUUCUGAAGAAGGUCGAGGAGAACUCAGAGAGAGAGAGGAAUGCUAUAAAGGCUCAUCAGGAGCUUGAGAGGAUUGUGAAGGAGUGUAAUGAAGGUGUGAAGAAGAUGAGCCGCACUGAGGAGCUGAUCAGCAUUGAGAAAACACUGGAGUUCAAAUCGAAGUCAGUGCCGGUGAUAUCUCACUCCCGGUGGCUACUAAAGAAGGGCGAGGUUCUGCAGAUGUCUGGGCCGAAGAGCACUCGCACUAUGCGAAGCCGAAAGCUGUUCCAUCCCCUUUACCUGUUCCUCUUCAAUAAUCUGCUGCUCAUCACCAAGCGCAGCUCCAGUGGGGAGAAGUUUCAGGUGCUGGACUCAUGCAGUCGCUCCAUGUUGAGGACUGAGGAUAUGGAGGAUCAGGGUCAGGUACUGGCAUUUGCAUUUGUGCUCAAACUGCUGGAAAAUCAAGAGGAGCGUCCAAUUAGCUACAUGCUAAAGACCAACAGCAUGAGUGAGAAACUGCGUUGGAUGUGUGCUCUCACCCCAAACCGCAGAACACGAUUCCUCUCAGCCAGCGCACACACACCAGAUUCCCCUCAGGUUCAGUGUAUUCAGUCAUACUCGGCUCAGGAGCCUGAUGAGCUGUCAGUAGAGAUGGCUGACGUUCUGCUUGUACUUGAGGAGACAAAUGAUGGCUGGAUGAUGGGUGAACGUCUACAUGAUGGAGAACGUGGUUGGUUCCCUUGCCGCGUAGUGGAGGACAUUAAGAGUGCUGAGAUUCGAGCUCAGAACCUGCGGGAGUGUGAGAGGAUUCAGCAGGCGCAAGGGGGAGGCGGAGCCUCCAGGGGGCGCUGGAACCCCAAAAACACAUCCUACACACCCACUUGGACUGACCAAUCAGAGCAGGAGUUCUGAGCCACACCACAGACAAACCCACCACUGCAUCAGCCUGGAUCAUGCUAUCUAAAUCAAAAAACUUGUGGGCUCAUGGGGUCAAAGGUCAAACACAUCAAGAAGACAUGUGUCUUCAUUUACUUCCCAUAACAACAAAACCACAUGGGUGUAGAGCAGGAACACCAUCACUGCAGCGAGUGUGUUAAUUAGCUAGCAUGCUAACUUGCACAGAGAGGGACAAUCAGUCCCUGAACAGUCUCACUUCUCCAUGGUUCUCACAUCUUACUGGCUAAUUUCUGCACACACAGAUGUUCUUUAUUGAUAGGGAUGAGGGGAAGUUGACGAGGUGCAUUCAUGUGUGUUUUUGGCAUUUGUGUUUUGAAUUGCUGCUUGUGUUAAAAAUCUGUCGCUGUUUACACUGCAUGACGAUGCGCCACAGUAUCGCUGAUGAACAAAAUUAAAAAAACUCAGGAGUUAUGAAUGUGUUCAGUCACACCUCAGUGACGCUACCUAGUUAUUUUUACCCUCUGUGGGAAAGAGGUGUGUGUGUGUGUGUGUUACAGAAACUGUUCGCUGUUUGGAAUGUUGUUUAAAACUGGAAAUUGAGGAGUGCAUGUUUUGCAUGUCCUGCAAUUGAGAGCUUAAUCCAAUAAACACACACACACACACACACACACAAAUAAGCUUACACAACCAGUUUAACAGUAAGUGCUUCCUUAAACAGAAAGCUCAUGCAAUAUGAAGUGAUUUGUGUCUGUGUGUGUCUGUGUGUGUGUGUGAGUGUGUGUCUGUGUGUGUGUGUGAGUGUGUGAGUGUGUGAGUGUGUGUGUGUGUGUGUGUGUGAGUGUGUGUGAGUGUGACUGCAUGAUUAUAAAUAAUGAAGUUCAUUCUGGGUCACUGGCUGAUUGCCUGUGUAAGGUUAAUCUGUAUUAAGACUUUAUUAAACUCUGUGUCUAAUUUAAGGUGAUUGAUGUUGUGUUUUGUAAAAACAUAAUUUAUUGCUAAUGCAGAAUAAAAUGUUGAAAAGCA